CAUUAUUUUCAUGCAGGAGGUGUAUUUGUUUCAGAGGAUACUUAAAGAAAAGGAAAAAUGAAGCCACACAUUUAAAACUCCAUGAUAGUUUUAUUGCAUGUUAAUUUGAAGGCUACUGUAGCCACGUGACCAGAGCAGUCCAGUUCUGAACUGGUCACAUUUAACCCCUGUGUUUGGACUUCCCAGUUUGAAGGAUGUUUUGCGUCGGAGCGCAGCAGGAUUAAGGAGUUUACUGGUCACAGGUGGUCGAUACAGAAGGGCGGAUAUUUCUGUGAACACUUUGUCAAAACGAAAAUGUCCUUGCCAGCGUCCAGACGGAAUAGUUGCCGUGGAGUUGCGUGUGGAAACCGGGCAUCAUCUGAGUGCCAUGUCCGCCGCCGGGGCUCCAGCUGUUCUUACUUUUCCUCCGGAGCUCAACCUGAGCACUUCUCCGUCAGUCUGAGCCAGCCGAUAUUCACUAUAACGCUGCGGUUCUUGCUGGCGAUAGAUCUGUGGCUGUCCAAGCGGCUCGGAGUGUGCGCCUGCGAGGAGUCUUCAUGGGGCGGCAUACGGCCCCUGGUGCGCCUGGUGGAGUUCUCUGGCCAUGUCAUCCCGUGGCUCGUCGGCACCGUGUACACUCUGCUCCGGGGAGAGAGUGUGGCGGAACAGGAGAUCAUGCUGAACCUGGCCCUGGCUCUGAUGUUGGACCUGGCGUUGGUCCGAGUUGUGAAGACUCUCGUCAGGCGUCGCAGACCGGCUCAGAACCGCUCUGACAUCCUCUCCACCUUCUUUGUGGAGCGCUACUCCUUCCCCUCAGGCCACGCCACACGGGCCGCCAUGUGUGCCCGCUUCCUUCUAGCCCAGCUGGUGGACACGGCGUCCAUGCGGGUCCUCGUAGUGGGCUGGGCCGCUCUCGCUAGCCUGUCCCGGCUGCUGCUCGCCAGGCACUAUGUGACAGAUGUGGGCUUUGGCUUGGCUAUGGGCUACUGCCAGUACAGUCUUGUGGAAAGGUUGUGGGUGACGUGGGACUGCCUGCAGGACCUGCUGCUCAUGCGGCUGACAGAGAGACUCAACAGGGCUUAUGAUGGACUCUGGCUGGCAGGCUGGAAACAUUAGAUUCAGAGAAACUGCGUGUGUCAGCCUUCAUGUGUCCUCAUAUCCUAAAUGACUAAGCUGUUAAGCCAAUAACUCUCAAAACAAAAUAUAUCAACCAUUCUAUUUAACCCAUAAGAACCCAUGGUGACACCCGUGUAACAAACACGUUUUCUAUUUUUUGUUACUAGGCUAAGUUUAAACCCAUUUAACAGUUCUAAUCCAUUAAUAGGGUAUCCUGUAUUGCAUUUAACUUGUUUUGACUAUAUUUCCUGAACAAAUUAAAGUCACAAUUUUGAUAAACAAAAAGACACAUGGUUAUUUGUAUUUAUUUAUUAUCGAUUUAUUAUUAUUAUUAUUAUGCUACUUAAAAACAAAUCUAAAAAAUAAUUUGUUGUUAAACAGAACUAAUAAUGUCACAAUUUUGAUAGAUGUUGUGGAGAUGCAGAGAAAAAGGCAAAUUUGUGUCUAGUUUUUUUAA